AUGGAGGCCUCCCAGGCGCACCAACUCUGGGGCCAGCGCUGGAACCACGUCCUCCUCGCCACCUUCAAGGACGGACACAUGGGUGCGGAGGCCUUGAAGCUGCUCUCGGAGGCCACGGAGAGGCUCGACCGGACAGUCCAUGAGACCUCCUUGCAUGUCGCGGUCCUCCACGGCCCGCGCCAUCAGGCGGACAAGGGAGAGCUCACGUACCGGUGCCGGGGCGACCUCAUCACGCCCAAGGGCGUGCGCCGGGACCAUCUCGCCGCCCUCGCGAACACCGUCGGGUUCGGCCGCCGCGAGCAAAGAAACAUCUUCGAGGCCAAGGACGGGAUCGAAUGGGCCUUCCUGCCGGAGGCUCUCGCCGAUCGCCCUGCGGAUGCCUCCGCGGAGUUGACUCACAGGGAGAUCACGUCCGCGCCCCGGGGCUACGCGCCAGAGGACAAGACGCCUCAGCCAUCUGGGCGUUGGCUGCCAUGA